CUUGCUAGUAAGCGUGCGGCUCUGUACGGCUAGUCCAUUCAGUUAGCCCGUGAAAGUCUUCGGUGCAGAAAGGCUUGCCUUUUCGAAAGCACAAUUCUUUUAUUUUUCGUUCCUACCGGAGUUGAAGCGUUUUGUGACUGUCCCCUGGGCAGUCAACCAAAAUGGUGUUCUUUGACAGCAGUAACCGGGAAAAAUCGGCCCAUGAAUGGUUCAACGAGAUCAAGCAGUAUGAAAAAGCUCCAAUUCGCUUGUCCGACAUCGAUAAUCUGUUAGAAGACAGUAUAUUCGAAACGACAAAUGGCGCCAAGCUGGUGGAGUAUAUGAAAACCAAGCGCACAGGAGGACGAAUGCGAUUGCAGAAUAUUUUCGAGCAAGUUGCAGCGCAAGUGAGACGACCACGUUUUAAUCUUCGAGGUGACACAUCCGAUCCCCAACCACUGCCAGAUUCCCCAAAUGAACAGGAGGCACUGAAUGAUGAUGCAGAAGCUGGUCCGUCAUCACCACCCGAGGAGAUUCCGGCCACCAAUCCGGACGCUAUCGAAGCGAUUGUGGCAGAACCAGUCGUACCCACGGCGUCAGCGUCAUCAUCCGCACAGAAUGAUAUCCCAGUGACUAGUAGUCAAGUCAGCAGAAAACCCACAACCAGAUCACCCGCUGUAUCAUUAGCCAGAGAGGUAAUGAUAAACCAGUAUCAUCGUACGAAUGCUGCCAAGUGUAAUUUUUUGAAACAGUUGGCCACUAGUACACCGAAGGUCGAUACUAGUGAAACACUGAAUCGAAUAUCAACUUUCACGACAUCAAUUUCCCCCAUCGUGGAGAAUAUCGAUUCACCAGCUAUUGAAUCUCAGCCAGUAGUAGAAUGUUUCCCGGCAGUACCAGCGAACGCACUCGUUCCCAACGGAGCUCCCGACAGUCAACGGUGCGGCUCUCCGAUCGUUCACCAACUACUUGCACCAUGCUCACAAGCUGUAGCUGGACCGGAAUCAUCAACUCCACAGAAGGUCAUUGUGGUUCGAACAAACGAUCCCCAAGUAGAGGUACAGUUGGCACCGGAAUUGGAAAACAUACGUCCUCCAUCGCCUGAUGUAAUUAUCCCGGAGACGCCAAGCCCCGCAAAAAUACCAGACGAGUCACCCCGAGUUCCACAUGCACCGUUACAGCCUCGUAGGCUUACUGCCACUUUCACAGAGAUGGAGAACGGUUUUCAAAAUGAUGCAGAUGUCAGCGAUGUGAUGACAUCCGAUGAAAGCGCUCCUAUCAUUGCAAUAGAAGUACUACAAGAAAAUGAUGAUGAUGAAGAAGAAGAGCUUGUGACUCCUGCAUUGAAUGUAUCUUUACCGAAAAGUAUUCUUAAAGAUGCCGACGUAUCGCUUCGAAAGCGCAACUCAUUUCGGGUGUCCUUUUCGCAGCAACUGGUGGAGCAAAGAGAGAUUUCACCUGCUCCGUCCAUACCGGAGGCUCAUUACUCCAGCUGCUCAGAUGAUAGUAACGAAAGCGACAUUGACGAGGAUGAGUUCGAAGUUGUAGAUGAAGUGUACAGCGAUGAUAGCGCUGAUUACGGUGCCGGUGUUGAUGAAGAGUACGAAGAAGUGGAACCAGUUCGAGCUGACAUAAACAAAAGUUAUGUUGCCAUAUCCGAGCGGCCAGGAUCACCGCUGCUCAACGUGGUUGACGAAGAACCUGGACAGUGGUUUGGAUCGACCACACCCAGGGUGGAUAAUGAGAAAGGACAACUGUCGCCAACGACUGCCAACAAAAAAUAUGACAAAACAAACUUGCAGCUGGUUGAUAUAAUCACUGACUGGGAUGACGAAGAUGACGACGAUGAUGAUAACCAUGGCAAAGAUGGUGAUGAACAAGAGUCGGCCGAAAAGUCUAUUGAUGAGAUACCUGAAACGCAACAACCGGCCAACACUACCAAACUAGAUGCAAUGGAGCUUACUGCCAGCGACUUGGAACAAAGCGCUGUCCGUUUGAUAGAUCUCCCAUCGCCCCCCAAACAAGCGGACGUACCGAUGGAGCAAGAUGAGGAAACAGACACACCUCUUUCUCCACCACCACAGUUUACUGAUUCGGCUAAAAAACGUUUUGCGGCUGCAAACGAUGAAGCAGUUCUCAACCGUCUUCACAGUGAACUAGCAAGCUCUGAAGCGUCGCCACAAUCGAGCGGUAACGAGCUCAAGGAUGGUUCUUACGAGAAAAUUCCAGAGACACUAGUAGAAAUCGCACAAUCCUUUCGUGAUGCUCCUCCAACAUCCGCAAACAAUGCAGCACCUUUCGCGGACCCGAACCGUUGUGUCGCUAUACAAGCUAAGACUAAAAGAAGCCGGAAGAAAAAAACAGUUGAUCCAGCUAAGGAGUCAUAUUUCAAUACCAUGCAAGAAACGUUCGCAAGACCAGCAUCUCCUGCCGAACCAGCACUCACCACUACAACAAAGCGCAAACUGUAUGCUGCAAAGCCGACAGAAAAUGAGACACCGAAAAGUAAACCCAGUAAUGCAGAUGGCCAUAUUCUGCUGGAUCUGCGUGUAGUACUAGAGAAACUGCAACUUCCAGUAGAGGAAAAUGAAGCCAAUCUUGAGAUAAAAAAUGAAGAAGUUUCAGCUGAAGAAAUAAUCCUCGCCGUAGAACCUGACAAAAAUACAGAAACAGAACCUUCAACUGAUAUAGAUAAACCCGAAUCUGUGGAAACAGAUAACGCUAAGGAAGAGAAUAGUAAACCAAAUCGUAUGAACGGAGUCACUAAAAAGACUAGAUACAAAGCGAAAAAAGCUGAUACUGAAGAGAAAGAACAGCUGAUCGAGCAAACCGAGCAGCCGGCGGCCAAGCCAGAAGAGAAAAGGCCGAGAAAAGCUAGUAAACGCACUCAGCCUCAAGCUCCAGCAACGGAAGCUCUCACUACCGAACCCGAGCCAGUGAAAUCCUCUAAUGUAGUAAGCACCGACGUAGCCGAACCAAGCUCACCCGCAAGAAAAACAAGCCCACGCUCACGAAAGCACAAAAAAACGAGCAACGAGCCAGAUUUACCCGAAAAGGGCACUGAUAAACAGCAGCACAAUUUAGCAAAUACUGCAAGCAGUACGAUAGCACUCAAGCCCUCGAAAGCUACAAAACCCAAAACCAAAACUGUGGAAUUAAAUGUCACUCCUGAACCAGCAACGGAGGAGCUGGGCUCCCCCGAAGUACAGUCCGCCAAUCAAAGUCUCCCAGAGACGACUGUAUCAACCGUCUGUUCUGAGGCAUCCAACACAGAGAAAGUUUCGGAGGCAUCUAUUACAACCGCUCCGCCGGAAGCUGCAAGUUCCAAUGGUCCUUCGGAAGAAGUUAAGGAGCCCGAGUCGGCGACACCGAUGACUGUUGUACAUUGUAAUCUGAACGAUGUCGGUGAUCGAGUGCGAACUUCUGAAGAUGAAGAAUUUGCAGGUUUCGAAACAGUCCCUGUGCAGUUGCCGGAGAAAAAACGCCACAUCAAUAGAAAGAAAGGCGCGAGAAAUCUUCAGAAGGAAGAACCCGCCGCCAGUCUUGUCGCUGGUACUGAAAACAUUCCUCAGCCCGCGGAUCAGGAAGUACACGCUGCAACUAAGUCUCGCAAGCAAAGGUAUCGCAGUAAACCAAACAAUAAACCACAAUCUCAACCGCCUCCUGUGGAAUUGUCAAAGCCGGAAGAAGAGGUCGAUAGUUUACCACUGAAAAAACGAAAAGUCCGAGAAAACUCAAAUGAUAGUUCCGAUGAGAAUGCUACGAUUGAAACGACUUCAGAUACACCACAGUUGCGUGUUACACUGAGCCCUAUAGUUUUUGAGGGAGAAUUGCCGCAAACCGUCACGGAAAGCUCUAAAGAUGUUGAAUCACCACCGCAGGAUAUCGAGCCUCCUAAGUCUAAAACCCUUAGCAUGCAUCGUCGAGACAAGACUAAUACUGUAAAUGAAAACAAAGAAACUAAUGAUAGUGAGACACCACCACAGGAUAUCGAGUCUUCUAAGUCUAAAACCCAUAGUAAGCGUCAUCGUGACAAGGCUAGAACUGAUCAUGAAAACGAAAAAACUAACGAUACUGAGGCACCACCACAAAAUAUCGAGUCUUCUCAACCUAAAACUCUCAGUAGACAUCAUCGUGCCAAGACUAACACUGGUAAUGAAAAUAAAAAAACUAACGACAGUGAGGCGCCACUACAGGAUACCGAGUCUUCUAAAUCAAAAACCCUUGGCAGGCAUCGUCGAGACAAGGCAAAAACUAAUCAUCAAAACAAAGAAACUAACAAUCAGGGGGAACCACCACAGAAUAUCGAGUCUCCUAAGUCUAAACCCAUUAGCAGGCAUCGUCGUGACAAGGCUCAAACUGACCAUGAAAACAAAGAAAGUAACGAUCAGGAGACGUCGCUACAGGACGUCGAGUCUUCUAAAUCGAAAACCUUUAGCAGGCAUCGUCGAGACAAUACUAGCAAUAUUGUUUUCGAAAAUGAACUAAAAGUAGUAUUACAAAAGCUACCGGAAAAGCGACUUCCACGAUACCUACGGGACUACGACGAUGCGCUGGAUAAGACAUGGAAGCCGAAUCAAACUAAACUGUUGAAAGAAAAAACUAAUUCACUUCGUCGGCAUCUAGACAAACAAGGAAAUAACAGUGAGAGCAGCGAGACGGAACAGCCAGCGCGCCGUAGCAAACGGAAUUGCCGCAUUGCAUCACUUAUUCUCCUAACUAACCCAUUCAUCAAGUCGGCGUCUCAAAAACCGAACUAUCUGCCGAUGUCACUAGAAGAGAUGUUAGAGGCUGAGCAUCUAGCAAAGGAGAUAGUUCAAAAGCAGAAGCGACGUUACAAGAAGAGGCCUCGUAACGAAGCACCCAAAGAAACGGACUCUGAUGCAAUAGAGACCGAGAGUCGAAAACGUGCCCAAGAUCAGCCACCUGAAGAUCAACUGCAUACAAAGAAAAGCCGCCUACAAACUAACCCCGACGGAACAGCAACGGACACUGACACUAAUCUUGCGAGCAGUAGUGGCAGUGAGGCACAUUCGACACACUCGACACAUUCAUUCGGUGAAAUUUGCCAUGAAAAACACGAAUGGUUGGCUAAACUAAUGCAUGGAACGCACCGGGAAGAGUCACUACCGGCGGGUCCUGGCACCGGGGAAACAAUUCACUUCAAACUUAAUGAUCUAAGCUUUCAAGAACGGAACGGAAUCCAGUAUUCGUUCUUUGCCUACUCUGAGCGGGAAAAUUGCGGCUUUCUCCGAUUUGCUCCGGCGGCAUACAAGAAGAAAACUCUUACUACGAAUUUUCAACUGAAAUUUUUAAUGCUCAGUGGACAGUUACAUUUUCAUAUUGAUGGUAAAGACGCACUGGCAAAGGCGGGCGAGUUCGUGAUUAUUCCAGAAGAUUCAAAAUACAGCAUAAAAAAUGGGGAAGAGAUUUCUCUAGUUUUUAUGAUUAAAGUUAUUAGCAUUGCCGGACAAUUAUCGAUAGAUACUAUGCAGACUACGCCGCCGAUGGAGUCGACAGAGGAUUACAUGCUGGAGAAAUAGGUAUUCUGUCAGCUUUUUUUUUAUUAGAACAUAAGUUUGGCAAUAGUUGUGGAUAGUUUUGCUCGAUUUGUCUAACAUCAUAAACCGUAACUAGUAACAUAGUGAAAUGCAUUGGAUGUAUAUUUUUAUUUAGUUGGA